UUCUCGAAGACGAAACAAAUCCAUUCGAAAUUUUCUCCAUCCACGGUUGUAUCAAUACUGGGACAGCCUGCAACGAAAGUGCAGCACAGUGGAAUUAGCGAUAACGUACGUGUAUUAUUCAAGUAGUUCGCGAUUACCAGUUAAGCAACUGGUACAGAGGCUCGAUAGAGAGAGAGGGGUACAAGAAUUUGGCGCGUAGACCAGGUAGCGAAUAACGAGUCUUAGUUAACGGGUGGACAAUCGAGGUGCAAUCUCCCGCGGAUUAUUCGGCAUGAUACACAGCCAGAUAUACAUCAUAUAUACGAGAGGUACUACAAACCUGUGUAUCUCGCCAAUAUUUGACUAAAUCAUGAACAAUGUUUGAUCGUACACAUGCGCGGGACCGGGCGCGCGCACACACCCGCGCGCUCACCCGUUCGAUAGAGGCACGGCCGAGCGGACAGGAGCGGAGCCGAGGAGCAGUGCCGCGGGACCAGAGGUUCGGCGACUUUAAACGCGUGUCCGCGUGUACCAAGGCGAAAGAAAGGGUCCGCGAAAGGGAACUGGCGGCGCCCGAAAGGGGCGAGCGGUUGAUGAAAGUACAGCGGCGAUGGGAGAACCGCGAGAUGGUACGGGGGAUCGGUGGACGGAAAAACGGGUAAAAAGAGCGGCGGCGCGUGCUGUGGAAGGAGCGAUAGAAGAAGCUCGGAAGACGCGGCGAAGGGAGAAACGGAGCAGCGUGGGAGUUGGGUUUCUAGUCGAAGGUAGAGUAACGUUGUAACCGGAGGGGACGGCGAAGGAGCGAGGGGAAAACGCGCGAAAGGAGGAAAAAUCGAGCGGCUUCGGCGAGGGUAGGGGCGAGAAUGAUAUAGUUACUCUCGAUGGCGGGGGAGAAGAUAGCGAGGGUUCGUUGGUGGGAGAUUUUGCGAUGCCAGGAGCGAGGAUGUUAUGGAGGGCCGAGAUCCGCGAGAGGGGAGCCUACGCCGAUAUCGACGAGGAGAGGAAGACCAGAGUGCGUGCUGCUGCGAAGGAGGAUACGAAGGGCAGCAGAAGCUGCUCCCCUCGCAUGGAGUUUAACGCUUCAUCGACGAGUUUUAUCAGCGCGGCUCUCUCGGGACUCGAUGGUAAGCGGCGUCGUUAAUUCGAGGAUAUUAAACCGGGACGCUAAAGGAUCUGGACGGACGAGGUUCAAAUCUGACAGCUAUACAGAAUUCCAGGAGUUACCAGACGAUCCAGAUCUACUGAAGAAAAUUGAAUGUUUUCACGGACUGAUCCCGGAAAGAAGAGCAGAUCCUAGUAGUAUUAAAUGGAAUAUAGUCAGACCGUGUUCUAUCCAACUAAACCCUGGAUACUCCAGGAAGAUGAUAACCGGUUUGGGUGUUACUCGUGAAACGAACGUUCUUAAUAAAUUUUUCAAAGCGUCGCACACUUUGGGAACGGGGACGAUUUCCAGGAUAGGUCGGACUGGAAUCGACCGCGGCGGGGCAGGAGCUUAGAAAAGAGCGCGGGUAAAAACAGGCCGACAGCUGAGUGUACAUAGGAGCCUUUCCCUCUUCCUUGCUGCUGCACUCUUUCUCUCGGUCUCUCUCGCCCCGACGUUUCGAAUUCUCUGCACUCUACCCCGUCGUUGAACGCUCGCGUGCGCGCUCGUUCGCGUCCGCUCUCCGCUCCGCGCCUCGCCCCCUCGCAUCCCCUAACAACGCGCGCUGCACCUCGGGACCUAUGCAAACACGACCUAUUCAUUGGGCAACGUGCUGGUAUAUCGGUGGCGGACGACGUCGAGCAGAAACGAGCGGAACGGAGCGUAACCGACGCGUCUCUAUGAUUUAAUGAAUGCCACCGGUCGAUUGAUGCCCGCGUUCCCCCUGGCUCCGAGUUCCUGUGAUCAUCGUACACUUUUCUCUCUGCUCUUUGCUUCUAGCUUUUAUUUGCCAGGACGUUUCAGUUAUAAUAGUUCGUUUUAUAAUUUUUGGAGUAAACCAUACCUUCUUGUAUGAAUUUACUAUUAAAUUGGAAACCAGAGUUACUAUCGAGAAAUAGUCAGUGACUUCUGCUUAAAUUCCGAUUUGGGACAUAGUCAGUUUUUAUAUUAUGCAAUCAGUGUCCCGUAACUUUUAUGCGUUAGUAACACACAAUUUUUGAGAUUCAAAUUAUCAUUGUACAUUUAGUCGACGCGUUUGAUAAAUAAAAGAGUCAGGAUGAAAAGUU